ACCUCAUCGAAGAAGAAGCAGAAGAAGCAGAAGAAGAACGACAUGCAUAAACUGCAUAACAUGUUUUGUAAUGUUUUUUAUUUAUUACAGUUAGCCGUAGUUAGCUCAACACACUCCGAGGCUGUCUUGUGUAAACCAUCUACACAGUAACUACAUCGCAAAGAUAGGAUGGCUCAAGUGCCCAAAGUUAGGCUGGCAGGCGGCUUGGAGAUCUGCCGCAUCCUGAACGGCAUGUGGCAGGUAUCAGGUGCUCAUGGUCCGGUGGAUCAUCCCAAAGCAGUGCAGGCGAUGCAAGCCUAUAUUGAUGCUGGCCUAACAACUUUUGACAUGGCAGAUAUCUAUGGACCAGCGGAGGAGAUUUUUGGACGCUUCAACAGCCAGCUGAAAUGGAAACCCAGCUGUGAUGCUGCAGCACCCCUGCAAGGUUUGACCAAAUGGGUGCCACGACCUGGACCAAUGGACCGCAAGGUUGUGGAGAAGGCGUUGCAGCGUUCCAUGGCCCGUAUGCAGGUGGAUUCUCUGGACUGUGUGCAGUUCCACUGGUGGGACUACAGCGAUAAUAGAUACUUGCAUGCCCUGGGGCAUCUGUCUGACCUGCAGCAGGAUGGACUUAUACGAGAGCUGGCCCUUACCAACUUUGACACUCAGAGGCUUGAGGAGAUCACAAACAAAGGGAUCAGAAUCUCCAGUAACCAGGUGCAGUACUCUCUGAUUGACCAGCGGCCCGCUGCUAAGAUGGAGGCGGUCUGCCUGUCUCACGGCAUCCAGCUCCUCACCUAUGGAACUCUGGCCGGUGGUCUACUCUCAGAGCGCUAUCUGGGGAAGGCGGAGCCUACAAGCAGGGUGGAGCUCAACACUGCCUCCCUCAGUAAAUACAAGAAGGUGAUUGAUGGCUGGGGAGGAUGGGGGCUGUUCCAGGAGCUGCUGGUUGUCUUGGACAGUGUUGCCCAGGGCCACAGCUGCUCCAUUGCCAACGUGGCUACCCGUUACAUUCUGGACCGGCCAGCAGUGGCUGGAGUCAUCGUGGGCUGUCGUCUCGGUGUUGCUGGGGCGGAACACAUCAAGGACAGCCUGCACAGCUGCAGCCCAGAGUUGGAGCUCACAGCGCAAGACCUGCGCACCAUCGACGGCGUGCUGCAGCGCUCGUGUGACCUCAUGAGCCUCAUCGGAGAUUGUGGAGACGAGUACAGGAACUAGAGGAGAAUAGAGAAGAUGGACCAGAGCAUCUGGGUUGGAGGGAAGUAGAGAUGGGGUACUGGAGGAAGAACAUGUAAAUGUGUGUAUAGAUGAUGGUGGGAAGUUAGAGGAUGGCAGGAGUAGAAGGAAAUGUGGUGGGAAGAGAAGGCAUGGGGGGCUGAAACUGAAAAUGACAGAUGGGAGGGGCAUGAGGGGGAAUGACAGCAUGAACUAUGACAGGGCACACAGAUAUACAGCAUUUUACUUUUAUUUUUUAAAAUAGUGUCAAUGUGUAAUAAAUGUUACCCUGUACCCAUAUAAUUAAGAAUGUAAUGUAUAUAGCGUCAUUAUGUCUCUGUGUAUGGAAAGGGCUUUUAAGUAAAAUAAGAUCUUGACCUAAA